UGACCUCUACUGCAGUUGAAAAUACUUGAGAGCGGAGACUGCAUCUUUAGAUUUUUCUGACGAUGUAGCCUAUCUCUGUGUAGAUAGAGUGACUGAAUUUCUUUUAGCAGGAGCCCUUUCAUUUUUGUCCUCAGCCAUCGCAACAAGGGCAUAUGUGCGCCUUUCUGCUUGAUUUCGGAGUAGGGGUGCUGUGUGUUGCUGGGGUAGAGUCCGUUUUAGCAGCACUGCAUCAACAUGGCUUUGUUUGGCGUGCAGCUGGUGGUUACCAUGGUAAUGGCCAGUGUUAUUCAGAAAAUUUUACCUCAUUACUCCUUCGCAAGAUGGCUACUGUGCAGUGGCAGUCUGCGGUGGUAUCAACAUCCCACGGAAGAUGAGUUGAGGAACCUGGCUGGUAAACAAAAGGGACAAAAACGGAAAGACAGGAAGUACAAUGGUCACAUAGACAAUAAACCGCUAACGGUUCCAAAGGACAUAGACCUGCAACUGGAGACAAAAUGCAUAACAGAAGUCGACACAUUAGCAUUGUACUACUUUCCUGAGUUCCAGUGGCUGGUGGAUUUCACAGUAGCAGCUACAGCAGUGUAUCUGAUUACAGAGCUUUACUACAGUGUGGCCCAGCCCUCAGGGGAGAUGAACAUCAGCGUGGUCUGGUGCCUACUUGUACUCGCCUUUGUCAUUAAAAUCCUUUCAUCCCUCACGGCCCACUACUUCAAGCUAGAGGAAGGAGGCGAACGCUCCCUCUGCAUAACCUUUGCUUUCUUUUUUUUUGUCAAAGCAAUGAUUAUUCUCAUUGUCACCGAAAACUAUCUGGAGUUUGGUCUGGAGACAGGUUUUGCAAAUUUUUCUGACAGUGCUCAACAGUUUCUAGAGCAUCAGGGCUUAGAUUCACAGGGCCCCAUAUCUAAACUCACCUUCAAGCUGAUCCUGGCCCUUCUCUGCUCUCUGAUUGGAGCCUUUCUUACGUUUCCUGGCCUACGAUUGGCCCAGAUGCACCUAGAUGCACUUAAUCUAACCACGGCAAAAUUUACACAAACUUUGCUUUAUAUCAACUUCCUUUCCCCUCUCAUUAUGGUCCUGCUGUGGGUAAAGCCUAUUACCAAGGACUACAUACUGAAUCCCACUCUUGGGAAGGAGAGUGUGCCUUUGAUGAGUGAGGAGACAUUUGAUACGUUGAGGUUAUGGCUUAUUAUACUGAUGUGUGUGCUCCGACUCGCCAUGAUGAGACAUCACCUACAGGCCUACCUCAAUCUGGCACAAAAGGGUGUGGACCAGAUGAAGAAGGAGGCAGGACGGAUAAGCACAGUUGACCUGCAGAAGAUGGUAACUACUUUGUUCUAAACGUUUUGCCGUAUUUAAACAAAACCUCAACUGCUUCCUUUAUAAAAUACUUCAUACUGCACCUGCUUAAAAAAUAAAUAUCUAUUACUUUCUAUCAGUAAAA